GGUUCUAAAGGAUUUAAUUCGUGAUCUUUAUAGAUCUCUGAGGUUAGUUCAUGCCAGAGAUCCUGAUGAUGUGGUUAGGCUGCAUACUCAGCUUGCCAUAGAAGAGAUUGACAACAUUACGAAAGAAUUCCUACUUCCUAAACUCAGUCUCACAAAGAGAAUAUAUGUAGCUGAUAUUCCACCAGGAGACUUUUAGUAUAUUUCAUGUCAUAUCAUGUACGUAAUACUUUUUUUUAUAUUCUACAAACUAAAUUUUGUAUGUAAACAUUUAGAAUACUUAAGUCUUACAUUUGAUCACUUUGAUAAAUUGUCUUUCUGCGAGACAAAAUACCUUUCAAACUAAAUGGCUGUGAUAUUUUACUACUAUUUUGUGCAUUGUGUUUUCCUCACAUAAAAUGGUCAAGUCCAUAUGAACUAGGAAGUGUAAUGAUACUUAAUUUGUAAAAUAUGUAAAAUAUUUUUUUCAUAUUAGUCUUACUAACCCUUUAAUGCUGAGUGACAUAUCUGCUGCCACUUUUAAUCCAUGGUUUUCAGCUUGGAUGACAACAGUGUAGUAGUUUGGCUCAUAGACAUUCAAUAUUGGGUUAUGUUCUAACACGGAGUAAGUAACUUACCACAACGUUAACUGAACAUUGUACUUCAAUAUUAAUACUGUGUUUCAUAAAGUGUUAAGUGACUGUUCAAAGGGCUAGGAGCAUUUCAAGUAAUUUUGGGGGCUAUUCAUGUUGUAUAGAAUAUUAAAAUAAUAAAUAAGCGCUGGCUAAAAUUGCUAAAAAAAAAAUUAGCCCUUCAUAGAGAUCAUUCCUCUAACAAUGACAUUAUUAGUAGUUGACUUCCAAAUGUCUCCUCAUUAUACUAUCCACAGAGUCUGGGGAUAACACCAACUUGAUAUGGUGUCUCAGGCCUAGGACAAACCUGCUUGAUGAGAGACUGAGUAUUACAUGAAUACACUAAUUAUCUUGGCAGAGAAGCCAGACAGAAUACUGAGGGUCAUAUUCUUACAAGACAGACCAUCUCUGGAAUCCAGGGCUUAGUUUCAGCAAAAAGUCCUGCCCUUGGGAUAUCAAUAUUUAUAACUCCUCGGGCCAAACAAUAUUAGAUGGGUGACAAAAUGACUGUAAUGCCCACAAUGGUCUUAUAAAAUCAUCUCCAGUCCAAGCAAUAGUAUGCUAUCUUAAUAACCAAGAAAUUGAUGACAUGCAAGGAUCUGAACGUGAAACUUGUGAAAACCAGCAGCAGUUAGAGGAAC